UAAGUGGGUGUGUACGGUGCGGCGCAAUUAAAAGUUUCUUAAAAUUUCAACAAUAAAUAACUGAAACAAUUAUAUUAAAUUACUUAAAAUUUGUGUGCGGUACUAAAUAAUUGAUCUUUUAAAUAUAAGAAAUAUAUCUGUUACCUUUUUAUCGGAAAACAUUUAUAUAAAAGUUUAGCUGCAGAAUUCACUAUAUCCAGUACCAUGUCGAGCAGCCCGAAGCCUGUCAAGAAAGUGCCGAUUCACUUGCAAAGCGCCCAGAAUCGAGUUUACAUUAAAAACGGAGAAAUCGUUAAUCACGAUAAAAAUUUCAAGGCGGAUGUUUAUAUUGAGGAUGGAACAAUUAAAUUUGUUGGGCCUGCAAGCGAUAUUACAGUGCCUGGAGGAGUUCGAGUUAUCGAUGCAUCGGGCCGGAUGAUUCUACCGGGUGGCAUUGAUCCCCAUACGCGUCUGCAAAGUCCAACAGGUGACACAGUCGCCGCGGAUGAUUUUUAUGGUGGAACAAAAGCAGCUAUUGCCGGUGGCACGACUAUGAUAAUCGACUGUGUUUUACCAACGAAACACGAGUCAAUGAUCGAGGCUUAUGACAAGUGGCGCAGCUGGGCGGAUCCUAAGGUGUGUUGUGACUACGCUCUACAUGUGGGCGUAACUUGGUGGUCCAAAUCGGUGUCCGAAGAGAUUGGUAUACUUAGCAAGGAGCUCGGUGUCAAUUCGCUCAAAAUGUAUAUGGCCUAUAAAGGGCUCUAUAUGUUAAACGACUCGGAGCUUCUCGAUGUUUUCGAAAGAAUUAGGAGUCUUAAUUGUGUUGCCAUGGUGCACGCUGAGAAUGGUGAUGUUAUAGACAAGAAUAUAAAAAGAUUAUUGGCCGAGGGUAUCUCCGGGCCAGAAGGUCAUGAGCUGUCCCGCCAGGAGGAAGUUGAGGCUGAAGCUGUGAAUCGCGCUUGCAUGUUGGCCCAUCAGAUGAAGACACCUCUGUAUGUGACCGGAGUGACUAGCAAAUCCUCUGCAGAAAUUGUGGGUCGAGCGCGUCGCAGCGGAUAUUGUGUCUUUGGUGAAACUCUGGCCAGUUCCAUUGGCCGGAGCAUGAGUAAUGUGCCCAAAUCGGAGUGUAUUUAUUAUAUUACCAGUCCACCAAUUCGCUUGUCUGCGGAAACUCCAAGGCAACUGAUGAAAUCGUUGGCUUAUGAUGAUUUGCAAGUCACGGGAAGCGAUAAUUGCACAUUUAAGAAGAAGCAAAAGGAAGUUGGUCACAAUGAUUUUACGAAUAUUCCGAAUGGUGUUAAUGGUGUCGAGGAUCGCAUGUCGUUGGUGUGGGAGAAGGGAGUACAUCAAGGUCUGCUUGAUCCGUGCAGAUUCGUUGCCGUUACCAGCACAAAUGCCGCAAAAAUUUUCAAUAUCUAUCCACAAAAGGGACGAAUCGCUGUUGGCUCGGACGCUGAUCUUGUUAUAUGGAAUCCACACGCCACUCGCACUAUAUCGAAGGACACUGAUCAUCAUGCUUCCGAUUUUAAUAUAUUCGAGGGAAUUAACGUACACGGUGUGCCUGAAUUUGUUCUAGUGCGUGGUCGAAUUUGUGUCGACAAUGGAACACUUCGUGUCGCAGAAGGAUUUGGACGUUUCAUACCGAUGUCAGUGCGUCCUCCUUUUGUUUAUGACAUCAUUGAGGGCAAAGUGAAAACAUCUGAACACUCUUCUGAUCAUCACGAGGAACAUCAGAAUGGCAAUAUGGCCAAAAAGUAUGGUGAAUUGGACAUUAUAAUACCGCCCCAGGAGCCCAUACAUGAACUGCUCGCAGCAGGAGGAGGUGGAGGUUCAAACUGCAGCUCACCUUCUCUAAAGGGUGCCGUUGAGGGCAGGCGAGACAUGCAAGAGUCGUCCUUCUCCAUUAGCGAGGAGCUGGACACUUCUAGUGUCCGACCUAGCAUCAAAGUUAGGAAUCCACCCGGCGGAAAAUCCAGUGGCUUCUGGUAAAUGACCUGCUCAUUCAGAAGAUAUCGCACAAAGUGGACCUUCUCAGCCAGUAACUGCGCUCAUUUCAAUAUAGACUAACAGAAAAAUCCACAAAUUAGCUUGAAUAUUUAAAUUAUUUAUUUUAUUCCCGUUAUACGGUUGAGUUAUUUUUUGUUUUCCCUUUAUGUACUUAAGUAUGUAAUAUUACAUGCUUAUGGUCAGACACUACUACUUACUACUUGCUGAUAAUAUCAUAAUGAGCUCUAACAUUUUGUAACUAACAGAAUUGUGUGAAUUUUUCUAAUAUAUACAUUCAGAUAAAUAUCAAAUAUAUCUUCAUUUUUAUAUAACUA